UGAGUUUUCGACGAGAAGAAAGGAGUCGUCCCGUGCCCGUCGAACCUUAUCCAGCCGCCGCUCGCCGCCCGGCAGCCGUGCGUUCCAUGCCCAUCCGGCGACCCCCGUGUAGCAGCGAGCAUUCCUCCCCUCCCAUCUCCUUCCUGGCUGCUCCCCUUGCUGAUCUACGGGCUGCUGCCCCGUCCGGCUGACGGCUGACCGACGAAGCGGCGCGCCGGUGGUCUCGACCUCGACGUCUGGCGUCCGUCCUUGGGCAUUCCGCCUCAGCCAAAGGAAGGCAUAGAAGAAAUAAGACAAUAACAUCUUUUUUUUUUCAAGCUCAAACCACGGUCCUUUGUAUGCAUUGAAACUGCCACUUUUUUUUUUUUGGUCAUUUAUACAACAGCGACUGAUUGACCAUGCCUAGAGAUUUGAGUUAUAAGAGAGAGUCAGAAGGAGGGCGAGGCCGUGAGGGUGCCGUAGCUUAUAUCAGUUCGUGUGUGCUUUGACGGCUCAAAGGCUGCAUAUUUGUUGGCUUGAUUUUGUUCAUCUCCGAACUCCAAAUUCUAAUGCUCUCCGUGUCUAAACCCCUUCUCUCCCCGACCUCCCUUGCUGCCAUGGCUAUUCGGCUGCCGCCGACGCCGCAUGCACCAACCCACUACGCCCCGCCUCACAGGCGGACAUCGCCAUUCCGCCCCGUCAUGCGAGCGGCUCCUUCUUCUUCCACCGCCGCAACGGCCGUCUCAUUGCCGCCAUCUCCCAAGAAGGUUCUUGUGCCCAUUGCCAUGGGCACAGAGGAAAUGGAGGCAGUCAUCCUAGCCGGCGUCCUCAGGCGAGCAGGCGCUGACGUAACGCUGGCCUCUGUGGAGGACGGCCUCGAGAUUGAGGCUUCCUAUGGGACGCGCAUCAUCGCAGACAAGCCCAUUGCAGCGUGUGCAGACCAGGUGUUCGACCUUGUGGCUGUCCCGGGAGGAAUGCCUGGUUCAGUACGGCUGAGAGAUAACGAGAUCCUUCAGAGAAUUAUGGUUAGACAAGCUGAAGAGAAAAGAUUGUAUGGUGCUAUAUGUGCUGCACCAGCUGUUGUUCUCAUGCCCUGGGGUCUUCACAAGGGAAGAAAGAUCACCUGUCACCCGUCCUUCAUAGGAGAUCUUCCAACAUUCCGAGCUGUUGAGUCAAAUGUUCAGGUUUCAGGAGAGCUCACUACUAGUCGUGGUCCUGGGACAGCAUUUCAGUUUGCUUUAUCAUUUGUCGAGCAAUUGUUUGGGCCUCACGCUGUUGAAGAUGUGGACAGUACUUUGAUUGAUGCUGCUCUUGAAAGAAGUACAGAAGUCAACAGAGUUGAAUGGCCUUUUGAUCACAAACCUCAGGUUCUCAUUCCAAUUGCAAAUGGGUCUGAGGAGAUGGAGAUCAUAAUGUUGGUGGAUAUUUUAAGACGGGCAAACAUAAAUGUGGUGUUGGCAUCAGUUGACGAGUCCACAAAUAUUGUUGGGUCUCAAAGAAUGAAGAUUGUUGCUGAUAAAUGCAUAUUGGAUGCUUCUGAUUCAAAAUAUGAUCUAAUCAUUAUUCCUGGGGGACCUGCUGGAGCUGAGCGUCUUCACAGGUCUACCACUCUUAAAAAGCUACUCAAGGAACAGAAGCAAGCAAGCAGGAUGUAUGGUGGGAUCAGUUAUUCUCCAUUGAUAUUGCAGAAGCAAGGUUUACUCGAGGAUAAAACAGUGACUGCUCAUCCUUCCAUAGUCAAUCAGCUCACUUGCCAGGUUAUUGACGGUUCAAAGGUUGUGAUUGACGGAAAUUUGAUUACUGGGAAGGGACUCGGAACAGUCAUGGAUUUUUCCCUGGCCAUUGUAAGAAAAUUCUUUGGCCAUGGACGAGCGAAAAGUGUGGCAAAUGGAAUGGUUUUUGACUACCCCAAGAACAGAAACGCCUAGCAUUCCUGGUACUAUGGAGUAAUGCGCUGAAUGUUUGGUUAUGGGAUAUGGAUCUUGCGGUAGCUAUGCUCAAACUUUUAAGUGACUGUCUCUUGGGGAGAUGGCAAAACUUUCUUCUGUUGCCACCUUAGUGGAUAGCUGCAGACUGCAGUGAAAUGCCCACUAAUUAUGUUGGGAUGAACCACAACUGCAUUGGGAAAAUCCAGUUUGGGUCAGUUCAUCUCGAGAUGUUCCUCGCCGAUGCGGCAUCAUGGGCAUCAAGGGCUGCGUGCUCCAUGUGUGCUUUGAGGGCGCGGAGGACCUCCCCAGCGGCGGCAGCUCCAAGUACAGCAGCAGCGUCAUGUGCUAGUGGGCGCUGGACCCGUCGCUGGAAAGCAUGUGAGAAUAUAUCGGCACUAUGUUGACAAGUUUAUUUUCAACCUCUGGGCAAUCUGCUUGCGUACGCUUUCCUGAAUAUUGAGGUGCAUGACCUGCAAAGAUGACAAUACAGCAAGCAGAAAUAGAUCCAUCCAACUGCUCAUCGUUUGAUACUGCUUUGGUGGGUAAUACUCCCUUCGUCCCAAAAUAAGCGUCUCAACUUUGUACUAACUUACUAAGGUUAAGACACUUAUUUUGAGACGGAGGGAGUACUUGCUUAUAAUUUUGCUUCGUGACUGAACGAGUUUAUGUUAUGUUUGCUGUCAGAAUUUUGCAAUGCUGGUACUAGAACACUGCCAAAACUGGUACUCCCUCCAUACCAAAAUAUCAAACGUUCUUUAUUUUGGGUCUAAAUUUAGACCAAACAACCAUCUUAUAUUUUGGUACAGAGGGAGUAGUAUUCGGAGAAAAAAAAGGUGACGAAAAACAAA